UAUGACAGGAGCAGUACUGAGGUUAUGGGUUGGUUGAAUGGUGUUAAUAUCGGUAGAACUGAGGUUAUAGGUAGGCUAAGUUAUAUUGAUAUCAGUAGUAUUGAGGCUAUGAGAAGGCUGAAUAAUAUUGGUGUUGGCAAGAUUAAGGCUAUGAGUGGUCAGGAUGUUGGUGCUAGCGGUAUUGGAUGCAUUAAGGAUGUUGGUGUUAGCAGUAUUAGCUACAUUAAGGUUAUAAGCGGUAUUGAUGUUGGUAGUAUUAAGGAUAUGAGUAGUGGUAUUGAGGUUGGCAGCACUAGUAUUAAAGUCUUGGAUGAUAGAUAUUACGGAAUCAUUAUAUUAUUUGGGGCAACACCAAGGUUAUGGGUAGACUCUAUGUUGUUGAUAUUGGUAGUACUGAGUAUUAGCUGCAUUAAGGUUAUGAGCAGUAUUGAUGUUGGUAGCAUUAAGAAUAUGAGUAGCAGUAUUGAGGUUGGUAGCACUAGUGUUAGAGUUUUGGAUGAUAGUCACUAUAUUAUUUGGAGCAACACCAAGAUUAUGGGUAAACUCUAUGAUGUUGAUAUCGGUAGCACUGAGGAUGUUGGUGUUAGCUGCAUUAAGGUUAUGAGUGGUAUUGAUGUUGGUAGUAUUAAGGAUAUGAGUAGCAGUAUUGAGGUUUGCAGCACUAGUGUUAGAGUUUUGGACGAUAG